AUGUUCCUUACUAGAAGUGAGUACGACCGUGGUGUGUCGACGUUCUCGCCCGAGGGCCGCUUGUUCCAAGUUGAGUACUCGUUAGAGGCUAUUAAGCUUGGUUCUACAGCUAUUGGAAUCAAGACCAGCGAAGGUGUGCUGCUCGGUGUUGAGAAACGAGUGACCUCCAAUCUGCUUGAGACGUCGAGCAUUGAGAAGAUCGACGAAAUUGACCGCCACAUUGGCUGCGCCAUGAGCGGUCUGACUGCGGAUGCACGCACCAUGAUUGAUCACGCCCGCGUCGAGUCCACUUCCCACACUUUUAACUUUGACGAGGCCAUCAGUGUCGAGUCGGUUACUCAGAGCGUUUGCGACCUGGCGUUGCGGUUCGGUGAGGCCGGUGAAGGUGAGGAGCAAGUCAUGUCCCGUCCGUUUGGUGUUGCUUUGUUAAUUGCCGGCGUCGACGAGCGCGGGCCACAGCUCUAUCACACUGAGCCCACCGGUACCUUCUACCACUAUGAGGCCAAGGCCAUUGGAUCCGGCUCGGAGGGUGCCCAGGCCGAGCUUCUUCAGCACUACCACUCGGGAAUCACUCUUGCCGAAGCCGAGAUGCUCAUGCUCAGGGUUCUCAAGCAGGUAAUGGAGGAGAAGCUCGAGGCCAAAAAUGUCCAACUUGCCAAGGUCACCAAAGAAAACGGCUUCCAUAUCUACACGCAGGACGAGAUGGCGGAGGUUGUUGAGCGCUUGGGUGCGACAGGAGAUGAAGAAGAACCCGGAUUGCGGCAGUAA